AUGUCUUCAAGUCAUCAUUUGAUGGUGUACAGCUCCAAAAGAAAUGGUGUACAGCUCCAAACAAAUUCGAAUUCUUAUCUAGGUAAAGUUCUGUUUAACUUUUUGUGAAGUUCAUAUAGUUAUUUAUAGUCCGGUGAUGCACAUUUGCCAGAUUAAGCAGCAAUGAAUUAUAUCCAGAUUUGAGCACAUAAUAAACACAGACAAACGUUUUGUCUCACAUUUGCUGAUUUAAAUAAUGUGGGGGUAUUAUUUAAAUCAUAUUUACAUAGCCGUAGUCAUAUAUUUACAUAGUCAUUUUGUAUAGCCACAUCUAUUUGUCCAACUGAAAGAUGGGUAACCAUUAAAGUAUAAUUAAUACAUUAACCAAAAUUCCUGCACUGUGGAUAGCACAGUCGAAGGAGACGUUCCUGCCCCAGUUCGUUUACAACUUCUGCAAAAAGUAUAUGUCAUCCGAGAAUGAUUGAAAACGAUAUGAGCCUGUCCAGGUGAGCUAAAUUUCGUUUAGAUUUUCAGAUUAGCAGUAUAGUCGUUCUUUUUCUGAGCUUCUUUGUCUGAGCUGUAAAAAUGUAAAACAGAUGGACGUGAAUAAAGGCAGAUUCAAUUUGGUGCAAAAUGUUGUGUGAUCUAUGUUUUGAUACGUCAAUUAAUUUCUUGUACUAAUAAGUUGCUACUUUUAGCUCAUUGGGAAACAGCCAAACAAGGACAUAUGAACGCCAAUGGCUUGUUUGUACCAGUAGAAAACCGCACAUUCUUAAUAAGCGAGGAGGACAAGCUUCCUGAAUUAACAAAUGUGGUUGGAGGUAAUUUAAUAUGUAUAUACAGCUAUUUCAAUUAAGGUUGUCCCCGAUCAAAGCAGAAAAGUUGAAUACGAGCGCGAAAGGCUGCUGAGAAUUGCUACAAAAUUUAAUCAUUUUUUAGCGAUUCCCAGUUGCCCUUCGUGCUUCUAUUUGACUUUAUUUUUAGCGAUUCCCAGCAGCUCGUUUUCACUUACGCUCAGGGACAGCCUUAAUUAAAAUAGCUGUAUUUUAAACAUGUUGAUAUGUAGAACUGUGGGUUGAUGUUAAUGAUUGAAAUUGCAAGCAAUUUUCAAUUUACUAUUUCCUUUGCAUAAAAAUAAGAGUAUUGGCUUUUCUAGACUCUCUCUGAAUCGGUAGGGUAUAAGUGAUACAAAACUCAAGUACAAUAUAUACAUUAGCAGUUUCUAGUAUGACCUAUACAUUUUUGGUUUCAUUAAAGAUUUUGAUAACGGCGAAGCUCUUUGAGAAUUAUUUCUUGUGGAACGAGAACUCUUUCAAAACAAUUUUGCCCAGUGGAAUGGCCACAAAUUACGAUUUGUUAAUUGCAAAUUCUAAGGUUGCCCAACGCCCACAACAACGCUUAAAUGUAUUUUAAGUGGGAAUAAUUAAAUUUAGCAGUGGUACAGUUGAUUUAUAGAUUAGCCAGAUUAGGCCGUUUGCUGUAACCUCAAAGUGCCUAGAAAACGAUUUUCAUUUCCCAUGUCUUGGAAACUGAAAUAUUUUUAUGGAAAUUAGCACUUUUUGGGGGCUACAGUAUGUCUCUGGGCUGGCAAAACAGCUCAUGCACACAUUUCUCCACUUCCUUGUAAGUUUACAGAGCAGAUUUUAUACUUUGGCACUGAUCUUUGUCUUUGAUGUGAACAUUUAUUCUUCUAUUUUAUGUUGUUUAAGAUUGAUCCUGUUGUAUUAGCAACCCAUCGACAAUAUUUCAUUUUAGUGUUGUCUUUGGCAUUAUGUUGGCAUAAUUUCCCUUUAACUUUCUAAAGUGACUAUCUCAGUUCUUUAUGUUACGUACUUUAUUUUCUGAAGAAUGCUCUAGCAAAUUUAUCGAAAAAAUGCAGUUGAGGAUUACAAUCCCCUUUGGCUGGGACGAUUCUUCAAACCUAAAAAUGAUGAAAAACGUGACAAUAAAUUCUUAUAAUGCUGUAAGUGCUCUUAUAACCUUGUUUAAUUGAAUUGUAUACACCGCUGUUGUGAAUGAUUAGUGAGCUAAAACAAGCAACCUUUUUGUCAACAUGGACGUCACCCGAAAAGUAGUAUAACUAAUAUUGGUGGCAUUUUGCAUCAUAGCGGUCAUAUAAAGAAACAAAACUUUUAAAAUCUUAUUUUCAUCAUAUGUGUUGAAGAUUACCACAAACUGACCCAAACACAGUUUUUAAUCCAGUCCCCCCCAGCUAUCUGACGUCCAUGUUGACAAAAACGUUGCUUGCUUAAGCGCACUAUUGUUUUUUCAUUGACUACAAGUAAACAAGCUAAACUGAAUAGAGGCCACAAUGAAUAUUUACAUGCUUGGUCGUCGCGGACUUUCAAUAUUUGCCGUUAUUUGACUUGAUCUCUAUAUUUUGGUUUGCAAGGUCAAAUUUGACAGCAUUGUUCAAGCUGCAUACUGUGCCCAUCAUCACCACAAACGAAAAUUGCAAUGACAUCAAGUAAGCAAAAUCAUUGUUGCUUGAUUGUUCUGGUCUCGAGCUAACAUAUUUGAUUUCUUUCUUUUCCGAGUGCAUCCAAAAUACUGCAAUGUUUGCAGUAGUGUUCUCAGUAUCUUGACUUGUAAUGGCAUGUUGUAACAGAAUUUUUUUAGAAUUAAAUCUCGGUGGUUGCCAAUAUUGUUCGGGUCUAUUUCUCCAAAACUGGAUGAACAAGCUCUCUUGAAAGUAGAGAAAAGCCUAAGAAGAAAAAGGGAAAGUGCACACAAGAGUAUCCCAAUACUAACAUCAUACUUGCAUGGGGUGAUCAGUCGUUAUGAGAAUGACGACGACUUUAUUCAGGCAUGAGCCAAUGUGCAAGAAGAGAUCACCGUAAACAAGUAUAAAGUAGAUCAAAGGGCAUUAGAAUGCUAUACAAUGUUACUAUUUUGCUUGAAAAAGGUAUGUACUGUAUAUACCAUGACUAUGCAGUUAUUUUUCGGUUUAUUGUUUAAAUAAACUUUCUUCCAUAUUUUCUUUUCAUCAAAUCCUUCCGUUCUCUAGAUACUUAAAAAAUUAGACAUGUCAGAUUCAUACAAUCUUGUAUGGGAAAAACUGGCGACGCUUAUUCUGCCAGUGUACUGCAACGACGUUGGCCAAGGAGCUGCAGAGGACACAUUGAAUCAAGCUAAACAAAAUAAAGAUGAUAAAAUCAAAGAUUUUUUGAAAUUCCAUUUGCCAUCAACAAUUCUGAACAAAGAUACUAAAGAUGCGAGUAUGAUGUAA